AUGACCCGGCCAAUUGACUUAGGGCACGCUCUGCUCCAAGCCACGGGCUCACUUCUACAACUACGAUUCAGCGCAACAGCCAACUUCACUCAAGUCGCAAUUGGAGCAAGUUCAAGCUCAAGCAUCAAAUUCAGCCACUGGGAAGAUCUUAAGGCAUUGUGGAUUACAGAGGCUCCAGAGCUUAAGCUACGCAUCUUUGUCGUUGUUGACCCUGCGACUGAGGCCGCAGGGCCCACAUUCGCUGCAACUCUGGAGGAAGAGCUUUGCAACUCAAAGGUUUGGACCGAUCUGGGAUUCGACAUUAUCCACAAAAAUCACACCAAAGUUGAGAUCUCCACAGCCCCAGGAACCCAUCGCCUUGAAUUUGGCCUUUGCCGAAGAGACUCACUACUAGCCCCUGUCGAUACCGGAAGACUCCCUCCGAUCUUGCAGAAUCCGCCGGAAGCCCACGUUCCUUCCGAUGUCCCGACAGCGUGCCUGGCAUCCAUUGACCUACAUCUGCAAUAUGCAUACUGCAACGGCGUGCAACAAGAGGCGCAAAUCGUGGAAACAUUGAGACACAAACAUGAAGAUGAGACCGGGCUUCCAUAUGAAUUUACCUCGAUGCAAUUUACUCAUUCGACUGGAAAAUUCGCAGUCGCGAGUUUUGUUUUGUCUACCAUGGAAGACUCGGCUCUCUCAUUCGACCGGCCUUUCAACGUGGGUAGGAGCACCUAUAUUGAGCCCGCAGGGCAAAAAACUAUAAUGGAGACGAUUGAGCAAAUUUAUUUACAAUUCUUGGAAUUAUUCGACUUUGGCCUCCAGAAGUUGAUUCUCCCCGGCCUUAUCAGAAACCAUCACAUCAAGGUGGUUGGUAAAAACAAACUUCAAAAUCUGUCCGUACUUGCACCUGCAGUUUUUAAUCCUGAAUACCGAGAAGCAAUGAAACAACGGGCUGCGUCGCUUUCCACAAUCAGCAGGUCGCUCAUGUCGAUGCUCGAAAAUAGCAGCCACCCUCUCAUCCAGAGCAAACUGUCUGCUACAUUGAGGGAGUCCACCGACCCAGAAGGAUUCUUGACAUCACGCACCUCGCGUCAAGACACACAAGAAAAUACACUUACACAAAGCUUGGAGUCCACAAUAAAGUCAUCGUUAUGGGGCAUUGCGCAGCAUGGGCUCUCCAAGGUCAAAGCCUCCAAAAGAUCCGGAUCAUUCUUCGAGUUGGAUUGCCUACCAGGAAAGUCAUCCAUCCCUACAGACGACGAUAUUAUUCUGCCGAAACCCCCAGAGAAAGAAUUGGACCCAGAUAGCGAGAUGCUGGGUCUGGACAAUGAUACCAACCUGCCUCCCAUAUUGAAUACGUCUCGGGCAUUGGAAGAGCUGCUCUCUGAAGGCAGCAGUAUGCUUAGUUUUGGGGACCUUCAUGAUCCAACCCAGACAGCUCAAAUGACCCAAACAACUCAGACAUCCAUUGAGAGCUUUCCCCAGCCCUCCGAAUGCCUGCCUUGUAAUCUGGAUGAUCUUGAUAUUCUCCUUUCAGAUGAGAUUUUGAUGGAUGAGGUCUAUGAUGCGGGGGUGUCUUUUGAGGAAAUGGACUUGUCUUAG